GGCGGAGUACUAAGCUGUGAAGAUGUAUGAUUAGCAAUAAAAAAUUGGCAGUAUUUUUAAACAAUGUGAUUAGCAGCCCAGUGCAUAGUGCCACCACCUAUUAGUCCUCCACCCUACAAAACGAUUAGAUGAUGGUUUGCGUAUCUGUGCCAGUCGUUUUCACCGCUGGCGAGGCCACCUGUGGCGAGUGAACCUAGACACCUCUCGCACCUCUUGUUGUCUGGAAAAGUGGGCCAGGUCAGAUCCUUUCUGUGGUUUUUCUUUCCUUAUUUUUCACCAGGCUUUGACGUCCAGCAGGAGGAAUUGCAUCGUCACCUGUGCGUAGGUAAUUUAGGACUUGUGCAACAAAGUCAACCUAAACGCCUUACCCGCCUUUAAUGUAUUUACAGUUGUCAGCAAAGCAAAACACUUAACUUUUGUUGUAGCCGUGUUACAGAAUAAAGCGCGGUUACAUUCAUCCAUGGAAGUACCUAAUUUCGUUUUAGAAGAUAUUAAAAACUGAAAAAAUGAGAAAGAAACAUGGAGGCAGAACCAUUUUUGUUUCGUUUUAAAACGGAUUACACUUCUGGUAGGGGCAAAUGUGAAGUGAAUUAUCUCGGCGAUUUUUAUUUCAUGUUGGAAUAUAUUUACAUAAUUACAGUCUACGCUACGAAUCUGCCCCUGUAUACAAGCAGCGUAUCAUUUUGAUAUUAGUUCAUCUGUAUGCGAAGCAUUAUUAAAAGCAUGAUAAAAUAAUACGCUAUUAAUCAAUUAUAUAGAUCAAUCGCACCACCAGCUGCGGUUAGCUUGUACGCUAGCAUUCGUUCCCUUUAUUGAGGAACUCCGCUAUUUAGCUCUACCUUAUAAAAUGCUUGUUCUGCCCUUUAAUCUAAAUCAACGUACAGUAACGACUACGGGUUCAUUCGGACAAGGACAAGAGGAGACGCAGUAGGUACACAAGCACCUGCUUUUGCUCUCUUUGACAGGAAAAAAGACGGAGCGCGUACCCAGGUUUAGGGUGGUAACUCUUUAACAGACUCUGCACACUUGCGGGACACUAAUCUUCAGAGGACACUUUAGCUAACACAGCUCUGUUGACAUAAGCAGGGUCAGUUGCUGGUCAUCUUACGGACCCUCGGACCCCUCGGCUACAACCCCCAGCCGGCGCUGAUGAGACCCUCAGCGACUGGGUGCGCUCCCCCCUCACCGCCGGGCGAGGGCGCUACGGUACCUGUUCAUGUCCGAUGUACGCGCACGUCGUGAACUACUGAAAACCGACACGGCCCAAAAGAUCCACCUGCAAACGAUUUAGUCCUCGAAACAUGUCGUGUCGUGCUUUUGUCAGCCGCACGCCAUGAACGCGGGGCUCCGGCACUGGAAGGAGGCGGCGACGGUGAUCCUGGCGGCGGGGACGAGGCGCAGGGCCGCGGCGGACGUGCGUCUGCAGGCCGGGGACCCCCGCUCCCCGGGCGGCGGGGGAGCCCCCUGGCCUCCCCACUCCGCCUUCGACUACGAGGUGCUGUUGCUGAAACGGAGCGGGAAGAGCGGGUUCAUGCCCAACGCCUACGUUUUCCCCGGGGGGCUGGUGGACUCCUCCGACUUCUCCAGCGAAUGGCUGGACGUCUUCGCGUCCCCACGCCUCUCGCCGGCUUUCGGCCUGGGGGCGGUCAGGCAGCCGCCGCAGACGCGACCCCCUCUGUUCGCCGCGGACAGGGCCGAGCUGGGCUCCCCCAUCCCGGGCGAGGUGGCGUUUAGGAUCUGUGCCGUGAGGGAAACCUUCGAGGAGUCCGGGAUAUUGCUGGCCAUCCCGAAGGAGGGAGAUGAAGGCUACCCCAGGGGCAACAGUCUGGCCCAGGUACCCGAGCUCUGCGGCAGACGCCAGCUCGCCCAGUGGAGGCAGCGGGUGCUCGCAGAUCCGUGUAACUUCAUCCAGAUGUGCAAGGAGCUGGGGUGCGUGCCCAACAUCUGGGCGCUGCACGAGUGGGGGAACUGGCUGACCCCCACGGGCACCUUCGCGCCGGGCAGGAGAUACGACACGGCCUUCUUCGUGUGCUGCUUGCAGGGGGUGCCCCACACCGCGCAGGACGAGAAGGAGAUCGUGCAUUUUAAGUGGUCCACGCCCUCGGAGAUUGUGUGCCAGUUCCAGGCCCGGGAGAUCUGGGUAGCGCCACCGCAGUUUUACGAGCUCAGCAGAAUAAGUCGCCUCCCGAAGGUGCAGGACCUGCACAGCUUCGCCGCGGAGCGAGCUGCAGAGGGCUGUGAGCGCUGGCUGCCCAUCAGUCUUGCUUGCAGCGAUGGUAACGUCAGUCUUCUGCCAGGCGAUGACCUGUAUCCUGAGAACCCGGACUGGUCAGGUCUCGGCAGUGCGGAAGUGACCAAGAAGAAGUCGCUGAAGGAGCUGCAGGAGAGCUCUCGAUUUCACCGCAUCGUUAUGCACAGCCUGUUUGACAUCUCAAUCCAUGCCAACAUCACACCGAAGUACAAACACCUCCUCCCCAUCACCCAGCCCAUCCAGGGCUCAGACGUCAAACCCAGCAGCCACCUGUGACUCUGAGCUCGGCUCUGCUAAAUGACACCACUGUCCACUGCAGAAUGAUAUCCCGGAGAACUGUUUAAUUUUGAGUUCCUUCAGAUCGCAGAAAUUCUAAAUAGAAGUGACUCACAUUUGUUUUAAACAAAGGAAUUUGUUUACUACAACAAAAUAAUAAUAUAUGCAAGUGAUAAGGACAAAUACCUUUAAAUAUAAUAUAAUUGUUAUAUUUUUGUAGUUUUUCUCACUUUUAGGCACAGGAAUGCAGCUUCAUUGACUCAAUACUGGGUGGCAUCUUUUAUCCCAUGGUGUGCUCUCUGUCUAUCAGAAUGAAUUGAUAGAUUCUAACUUGAGUUUGUGUGGUUGAGCCCCAAUAAAAGACUGAGAUCUGUUUAUUGUGUACAAUUGUGUACAAUAAACACAAUAAACACUAUAAAGUGGCUAAUUUUUUAAACUCCUUGGUAGUUUUUACUUUUGUUGUCCGCAGUAGUGAAAUUUACCAUCACUCCCAGUUGGAUCCUCUGUUGUCCGGAUUAUAAUUUCCUUGAUAUGAAACAUUAAACCACAGAUAUUCUCUACUGGU